UGCAUGCGUACAUCAGUGUUGUUUAAUAUCAUGGGCGGGAGCUCUGCUUCUCCCACACAAUAAUCCAGCUCUGGAAAACACUGCUGGAAAAACUGAGUAAUAAUGUGGAUAUUCAGGAUUGCAGCUCUUACCACAUUUAUUGGUUUGCACGCCCUGGCACAAUUUCCCACUCACAAUGAUAAAUGUACUGAGGGGAGCUGUUACCCCGCUACGGGUGAUCUGCUGACCGGGAGAGCACAUCGACUUACAGCCUCCUCCACCUGUGGAUUGAAUGAGCCAGAGACAUUCUGCAUCGUGGGCCAUUUGCAGGACGAUAAGAAAUGUUUCGAAUGCGACUCUCUACAGACGUACAACAAGUUCACCAAUCCCAACAGCCACACUAUUGAGAAUGUGGUGACAGGGUUUUCUCCUAACCGUCUUGAAACCUGGUGGCAGUCCCAGAACGGAGUUGAAAAUGUGACCAUUCAGCUGGAUUUGGAGGCCGAAUUCCACUUCACACACCUCAUCAUGACCUUUAAGACCUUUCGGCCUGCCGCUAUGGUGAUUGAGCGUUCUGCAGAUUUUGGCGGGAGCUGGCAGGUAUACCGGUACUAUGCAUACGACUGCGCGGACUCCUUUCCAAACGUCCCUCAGGGGCCAGUCAGAAAAGUGGAUGAUGUCAUUUGUGACAGCCGUUACUCUGACAUUGAGCCAUCGACAGAAGGAGAGGUUAUUUUCAGGGCACUUGAUCCUGCAUUUGUGAUUCCUGACCCUUACAGCCCAGAUAUCCAGAAUCUAUUAAAGAUCUCAAACCUGCGCAUACGGAUGACAAAGUUACACAAUCUUGGUGAUAAUCUGUCAGAUGAUCGAGACAAGGUGCAAGAGAAAUAUUAUUACGCUAUCUACGACAUGGUCGUCCGUGGUAACUGUUUCUGUUACGGUCAUGCCUCUGAUUGUGCGCCAGUCGACAAUGAGGCAGGAGUCGAGGGUAUGGUCCAUGGUCAUUGUGUGUGUAAACACCACACUUCUGGACUGAACUGUGAGAAGUGUGAGGACUUUUAUCAAGAUCUGCCAUGGAAACCAGCAGUGGGCCGGAACACAAACGCAUGCAAGAAAUGUGAGUGUAACCAUCACUCGUAUUCCUGUCACUUUGACACGGCAGUGUAUCACUCUUCUGGUAACAUAAGUGGAGGUGUGUGUGAUGAUUGUCAACACAACACAGAAGGCCAAUGGUGUCAGAUCUGCAAACCAUUCUAUUUCCAGCACCCUGACAGAGACAUCAGAGACCCCAACAUCUGUAAACCCUGUGACUGUGACCCCUGGGGCUCUCUAAACGGAGGCAUAUGUGACAGCGCUACAGAUGCAGUGGAAGAUAGGAUUGCUGGACAGUGUUACUGCAAACCUAAUGUUGAAGGAGAACGCUGUGACCACUGUAGAAAGGGACAUUACGGCCUCAGUGAUGACCCACUGGGAUGUCUGCCGUGCAGCUGUAAUCCUCUGGGCACACUCUCAGCAGGAGGUCCCUGUGAUACAGAGACAGGAAGCUGUUAUUGCAAACGUCUUGUCACCGGACGAAACUGUGACCAGUGUUUGCCUCAGCACUGGGGUCUCAGUAAUGAUAUGGAUGGCUGCAGACCAUGUGACUGUGACGUGGGCGGGGCUUUGAAUAAUAAUUGUUUUCCAGAGACAGGACAAUGCGUAUGUAAGGAACACAUGUUUGGCAGGCGUUGUGACCAGGUGCACUCGGGGUUCUAUUUCGCAGGACUGGACCAUUAUACUUUCGAGGCUGAGGAUGCAUCUUUCGGACCGGGCGUGAGAUUGGUUCAAAGGCCUUUACCUGUGGAUCGUAAGCCCACCUGGACAGGUCCAGGAUUUGUAAAAGUACCAGAGGGCGAAACGCUGAGCUUCAACAUUUACAAUUUGCCACAGUCUACGGAAUACAAUUUCAUGAUCCGCUAUGAACCACAAUUGCCUGAUGAAUGGGAGAAAGUAGAGAUGACUGUGGAGCGGCCCGACGCUGGCUACCAAUCAGCUCUCUGCACUUCUACUUACAAUGAUGGGCAAAGCAUUUCACUGCAUCCUGGAUCCAGAUAUGCGGUUCUUUCUAGUCCAGUGUGUUUGGAGAAGGGUCAGAACUACACUGUGAAAUUUUACUUUCCACAGUACUCAUCAUACAGUCAUCACUCCUCUCCUCACACACUUAUUGAUUCAAUAGUGCUGCUGCCAGUGGUGGAAGAUCUGGAUCUGUUUUCUGGAGGAGUCCAGCAGAAAGAGAACUGGGAGAUGUUUAAGAAGUACCGAUGCAUGGAACGCAGCCAGAGUGUUGUUAAAAUCCCCAUGACGGAUAUUUGUAGAGACUACAUCUACAGCAUAUCUGCGCUAUUGCACAAUAAAGCUCUGGAAUGUAAAUGUGACCCCCGUGGUUCUCUGAGCUCUGUUUGCGACCCCAGCAGUGGCCGGUGCCAGUGUCGACCCAAUGUUUCGGGCAGGAACUGUGACACCUGUGCUCCUGCAACCUUCUUGUUUGGAUCUUCAGGAUGCAGACCGUGUGAAUGUGACCCACUGGGUUCUCAGAACCCAUUCUGCCACCAUACCACUGGGCAGUGUUUGUGUGUGCCAGGGGCAUAUGGGCGCCAGUGUGCCAACUGUAAACCCGAAUACUGGGGUUUCCCUCACUGCCAACCCUGCUUCUGUAAUGGGCACAGCGAGCAGUGCCAACCGCGUACAGGGGAAUGUCUCGACUGUAGGGGCUACACCACUGGCAUUCAUUGUGAGAGAUGUGCGAUUGGUUACCACGGCAGUGCUUUGCUUGGCUCAUCGGAGCCAUGUCGACCCUGUAUGUGCCCUGAUGGACCAGGCAGUGGAAGGCAAUUCGCUGAGAGCUGUUACCAAAAUCACAACUCUCUAGAAAAUAUGAUCUGUGUAUGUAGCUCAGGCUACAAAGGGUCUAGGUGUGACGAAUGUGCUCCUGGUUACUAUGGUAACCCUCAGGUGCCAGGAGGCCGGUGCAGUCCAUGUCCAUGUAACAGUAAUAUUAACAUGGAGGACCCAGAAUCUUGUGAUGCCCGCACUGGUGUCUGUCUCAAAUGCCUGUUUCAUGCUGACGGUGAUGCAUGCCAGUAUUGUAGUCAUGGUUACUAUGGAGACGCCCAUACACAAAACUGCAGAAGGUGUACGUGCAACCCCAUGGGUACUUCGAGACGCAGCUGUGCCGACGGUCUGUGCGAUUGUGACAGAGUCAGCGGUCAGUGCCAGUGCCUACCUGGCAUAGAGGGUCCGCAGUGUGACCGCUGUGCACCAGACACAUGGAACAUCAACAGUGGAAAAGGAUGCCAACCCUGCCAGUGCCACCCUGAACACUCCUAUAGUACUUCCUGUGACCUGCUGUCUGGUCGCUGUUCGUGUAAGCCCGGUUUUGGAGGCAGGACUUGUAAUGAGUGUAGAGACCUAUUUUGGGGCGAUCCUGAGGUCAAAUGCUACGUAUGUGACUGUGACCCACGAGGUAUUGCCACUCAACAGUGUGAUAAGAUGUCUGGAGAAUGCGUGUGCAUAGAGGGUGUGUCCGGGCGUAUGUGUGACUCCUGUGAUCGUGGUUACGUGGGGACCUUCCCUCAGUGUGAGCCCUGUCACAAGUGCUUUCACGACUGGGACACUAACGUGGGAGAGCUGACCAACCAAACACAGAGGCUGAUGGACACUAUAGAGGAGCUGAAAGACACAGGCGUGACGUCGCCUUAUAAAGAUACAAUAUCAAGUCUGGAUGAUGGGAUCAAACAGCUCAGAGAAAUACUGGACGAUGAAAAGAUUCAUCAAACUCUGGAACACACGCAGAGUCUACGUCAGCAAGUUAAUGAGAUGGCACCACUUUUGCGAGGAUCCAUUGACACAUCGGUAUCCGAUCUGGAGCAGAUAUCUGCCGAUCAACAGAAGGCCAUGAAGAAUCUGAACAGUCUCACUGAGGAGGCCCAGAACCUACAGGAGACCUCCAAAGACAAAGAGCAGCAGGUUCUGAACAUGAAACAUUCAGACACCAGAGGUGCGAUGGACAGCAUCAGAGAAUAUAAUGAGGAAUCUUCAGAGGCGAAUUCUAUUGCUAGUAAAGCUGCAUCCGAUCCAGACAGUAUAGUGAAACAGUCUGCUCAGCUACGGGGUGCCGCAAACGCAAGACUGGACACAUCAGAGAAAGAGUUUAACCUGAAACAUCAGCUGCAUGUACAGAGGAUGGACAAAAUAACAUCUGAUCUGGACUCCACAGAUCUUUCAAAACUAAGCCAGCAGGUGUGCGGAGGUGCACCAGGUCCAGAGGGUUGCGGUGACUGUGGUGGUCUGGGGUGUGUUACCGAGGAAGGUGUGUCCCAGUGCGGGGGUGAAGAAUGUAACACAUUAGUGACCCAAUCCCAAGAGGCCUUGAAAAGUGUAAAAAACAAUGACCAAGAGUUCCUUAAAAAUUUAAGAGAAGUGGACAAGCUAAACAAGAAGGUGUCAGAUGCUCGAGGUCGUGCAGAUGAGGCAAAAAUCAGCUCUCAGAAUGUGUCACUCAGAGCCAAUCAGAGUAAAGCACGAGUGGAAAAGACUAAUGAUGACCUCAGAGACCUCAUUCAGCAAAUUCGAGACUUCCUUACAAAGACAACAGAUCUGAAGCGUAUAGAGGAAGUAGCUGAUGAGGUGAUGAAACUGAGUUUGCCAGUGUCAUCCGGAGCACUGAAAGAUCUGACCACAGAGAUCCGUGACCAUGUGGCCAGUCUGACCCAGGUGGAUGAUAUCCUGACCCAGACUGCAGAACAUGUCCGCACUGCUGAGACUCUCCUGAAACAAGCACAGGCUGCCAAUGAAACGACCACAACUCUGAAACAGGCCGCUGAUAAAAUAAAGGAUGCUUUAGAUGAUACUGCACGAGCACAGUUAGCUGCCAAUAAAGCAAUGAAGGACGUUGAGACCGAUAUGAACGUCACAAGACAUCAAAUCAAUUCUGUACAAUCUAUAACUGAAACGACCGAGUUCAAAUUGAGCACCAGCACACAAAGAUUCUUGGAUCUUGAAAGAGGAGUGGGUGAACUCCGAAAGAAAUCUCAAGAGACGUCCAGCCACGCAGAGCAGAUCCAGAAACAGGCUGAAGACAACAACGCAGACGUUGAGAGAACUGAACAGAACUUUGACUCAAAUGUGCAACCUAAAUAUGCACUGCUGAGUGGUCUCAUCGAGCAAAAAGGUGCCGUUGUGUAUGAUGCACGUCAGAGGUCUGAGAAACUCAGACAGGAGGCACAAGAUUUACUAAUAGAUGCCACCAACAAACUACAGAGACUAAGAGAGCUGGAGAGAUCAUUCGAAGGAAACCAGAAAACCUUUGUGAUGAAAGCAGAGGAACUCGACAUACUCGAGAGUGAAGCCAGAAAUGUUCUUCAGGAGCUCAAUCAGAAGGUUGCCAUCUUUAGCACAUGUGCUUAAGAAUCACUACAAGACCUAGGCUAUGUCUCAAUCAGCUCCCUUAUUCAGUAGUCAGGCCACUGACCAGUGCACUGAAACGUUCGUUCCCUUAGCAUUCCCAGCAUCGAAGCUCCAUAUGUUCCCUUACGGAAAAUCACGUGACAAGUUUUGAAGAAUUUUAACCAAAAUUGCACAAGCCAACUCGAUGAACUUCGUGAACAGAACUUUUGCAAAGACAAACGUUUAUUUUAUGUCAUGUAUAAACAAACGUUGCUAGACAGGCAGGCAACACAAUCUACUUAACAGUUAAUUUUUAUAAUCGACCAAAUUUAAGUGAACAAUGUUUCAAUGUAAAGUGAGCCAGGGUCCUAACUUGUGCCCGAACCGUCGAUAUACUGAUGCUUGUCCUCGGGAACAAGCAGUAGCGUUGUUAACCACCAUGCAAAUGCGUAGGGCCCUGCUAGCUUUGGGGCCCCUAGUGGCCAAAAACGGAUAAAUCAUUUGAUGCUUUUUACGCCGGAUAGGCCUGCGUGCGCUGCACCAAAUAAGUCCAAUUCACCAAAUAACAGACAGGUCUGACUUGGUGGAAAAAACAAUCAAAACUUCUUAUUCAGCUAGGUGGUGGUUACCCGCGCUUUGACGCUCAGCCAGUUAAUUUACAGGAACAACAUUAUAUGGAGUCCUUCAAAUAAAGUAAGUCGUGUUGAAGAUAAGUAUAGGCUGAAAUAGAGUGAAGUGACACACCGGAAUGUCAACAUGUGAUUUUUAUAUUUUGAAUUACGAUUUUAUAUAUUUUGCUAUAAUUAGAUGCGUCUGCUAAAGUUGUAUGAUAAUAAGACCAUUGGGUCCAUAUAGCUUUAAAAGCAAACCAUUGAUACACUUAAAAUUUGUUUUUUUGUAUUAUUAAAUAUCUCCAGCAAUUACAUUUUUAUGAGCGUAAUGUGGGUUCAUCAUAGUCUAGAAAGCAAGCACUGAAAUCUUGAGGGUUCUUGACUAUUUAAAACAAAUAAUUUUAGUAAUAUUUGUGUUCUUUGUGUAAUUAGUUGACAUUAUUAUUGACAGCUCAAAUUUUAAACAAACAUUUUGAAGUAUCAAAAUUUGCCACACAAUUUUUGGAGUUGUGGUGUCCCACAUAUCAAAUAUUUGAUUCCAAAUCAAAGAAGGUUUAUUUUUAUACCAAACUUUAAACAAUUUUGUGCGCUGUUAUGCGGUUCAUACAAUUCCAUAUAGAAUCACUCAAUAUAACUGUUUUGCAAUUUAAAGAAUAAAUGUUAGUAUGCAUGUGUGAGGGGCCUCAGGUCUCAACUAUGCUUAGGGCCCCAAAAAUGAUAAACACACCCCUUGGAACAAGGGAGCUGAUUCGAGACUCAGGGCUAAUAAAUGCUGUUUUAUCAUCGUUCAGCUGCACAUCCUAUGGUCAACUGCAAUUUUGAUGCAAUUGUGUAACGUUUAAAAUAAGCUACUAAAUGCCCUUGUGCCAUUUAUCUACUGCAUAUUUUUCUCAUUGUAUGUUUGAGUAUGUUUUGUGUAUGUAUUAUGAAAAACGUUCUGUAUCGCGGCAUUACUUAUAUCAUUGAAGUUGAUGAAGACACCCAGUAUUAUGAUUAAAAUGAUAACUAUUAAACGCCAAUUAAAUACAA